AUGGGAUGUGGUUAAGUAAAGUCAGACAAUAAAUACUUAGAAGAUAAAAAUUUUAAAUCAAAUGGACCUAUAUCUACUUAGAUUUCUAUGGGUUUGUCAAUAAUUUAAAAAACAGACCCAAUAGAUGCAGACUAUAUUCCUCAUAAACUCGAUCCACUAGCAAGUAACCAAUAUUAUAUAUAAUAACUAGCUCUACGAAAUUAUAUAAGAAAGGGAAUCUCGAAAAGUAACAGUUAAGCACGAAUAAUAAGGACUUAUAAUUGUGCAAACGCCAGUUUAGAAAGAAAAUAACAAUUAUAAGAGACUAUUAAUCUGUUAUUAUCAUUGGUAUAAAAUUUUUCUUCAAUUAGAAACAUCUCAAUAUUCAAAGCACUCUUACCUAUUAUUACUAUGAUUGUAGGUUAAGUUUAAUUGGUGAAUACAUCGAUGGAGGCAACCUUUUAACUUAAUUAGAUAAAUUUAGCUAAUUACAGUAAUACCAAUAGAUUGACAUCUUUUGUUAGAUUAUGGCAGGUGUAUAAUACUUACACGAUAAUGGAGUGAUGCAUGGGUAUAGUUCAAAAUAAAAUUAGUGAUAUUCGACUAGAGCACAUUCUAUUUACAAAUAAAAAUUUAGAAAAAAUUAAAUUAAUCGAUUUUGGGAUAUCAAAUUUAAUCAAAUCAGAAUUCUCAUCAUGGAGACCAAAAAAUACUAUGCAAGAAUUAUCUUUUAGAUCACCAGAAACAAUCAAAGGAUAAUCAACUUUUAAAUCAGAUAUUUAUUCUUGUGGCUGCCUCUUAUAUUUCAUUAUAACAUCUCAUAUGCCAUUUUAAGCAAAUAAUUAUCAAUCAUUAAAAAGUUGUAUUCUACGUGGUGUUCCUAAUUUUGAUAGUACAGAAUGUGCUAACAUGAACCCUUAAAUGAAAUAAUUAUUAAGCAAAAUGUUGAAUGCAAAUCCUUAGCGUAGACCAACUGCAUAAGAGGUUCUGAAUCAUCCAAUUUUGAAUAACAAAAUUAGAAUUAUGAACAAACCUAAUAAAUAAUUGCAAAAGCAUAUGAAAGAAUUCAAAGUAAUGAUAAUUCUAUUUUAGUUAUCAUCUUAAAUAUAAGCAGCCAUGUUAAUGUAUAUAGCAGAGAACAUGAUGUCAGAAUAAGAUAAAAAAAGGUUAAUGGAUGAAUUCUAAAAAUUUGAUCUUAAUAAAGAUGGAUAAUUAACAAAAGAUGAGUUGCUAAAAGUUUAUUCAGAAACUUUACCUCCUGAAAGGGCUUUAAAAGAAGUUAAUACAAUUUUUUAAAGAAUUGAUGUUAAUGGUAGUGGUAAAAUUGAUUAUUAAGGUAAAAAAGAAAUUUAUUAAAUUAGAAUUCAUUAUAGCAACAAUUGAUUAGAAAAAGUAUUUUAAUAGAGAAAGACUCUUGAUGUUAUUCACAUAAAUUGAUAGAGAUCAUAGUGGAGAAUUAAAUAGAUAAGAAAUUAAAAAAUUAUUAAGAGAUAUGUAGAUUCCAAAUAAUAAAUAUGAAUAAUUAGUUAAAUAAUUAGAUAGAGAUGGAGAUGGAGCAAUAACAUAAGAAGAGUUUCUCAAAAUGAUGUUAUAAAUUUGA